ACCAUCGUUAAGUUUUAAGGUGACAAUCCUCCAUCAACAAUAGACACAACAAUCUCUAUAUUUUUCGGUGCCACAAAUGAUUAAGGUUUCAUAUCACGUUCAGUGCAACGUUAUUAGUGGUGUGAAAAUUGACCCUUCUUCUUCAUCACAUUCUGUAACCACACCACACAAAUCACACAACUCCUCAUUCAUGCUUUUCUUUUCCCCCCAAACUCUAACUCACACCCUUGUCUUUGUUUGAUCCCUGAACCGAACCUGGACGUUACAAACGCACCCCACCACGAAAUCACACCUUAAAAACCAAACAAAGAGUACCAAACUCAGGCGCAAUUUGCCAAACAAGGCUCACGCAAAGUACAAACAUCCAAACUGUGAUCCUUGUCUUUGUCUUUUGCUCUCUCUAAAACAACCACUUCUCUUUGCUUACAAAUUGCAAUCUCCAUUAGCUUCUUCACUUCUUCAUCAGUCAUCAUCAUCUUUCCUCUCAUCAGAUAAAGCCAUUUGGGCAGGUAAGGAAGCAAGUUCAGCAUGUCUUCUGAAACCAAGGGUGAUAGCAAGGUUGCUAUUGAUGUAGCAUCAUGGAUGUUCAAUGUUGUCACAUCUGUGGGAAUAAUCCUCGUGAACAAAGCCCUGAUGGGAACAUAUGGUUUCAGUUUUGCAACAACGUUAACUGGUCUGCAUUUUGCUACAACAACCUUGUUGACAUCCUUUCUUAAGUGGAUGGGAUAUAUCCAAACCUCUCAUCUUCCCUUGCCUGAUCUUAUCAAAUAUGUUCUGUUUGCAAAUUUCUCUAUUGUGGGAAUGAAUGUAAGUUUAAUGUGGAACUCUGUGGGCUUCUAUCAGAUUGCUAAGCUGAGUAUGAUUCCGGUAUCUUGUUUCCUGGAAAUUGUCUUGGACAACGUGCGAUAUUCAAGGGACACAAAGCUUAGCAUUUCUCUGGUUCUCCUUGGAGUUGCUGUGUGCACAGUCACUGAUGUGAGUGUCAAUGCCAAGGGUUUCAUGGCUGCUGCAGUGGCAGUUUGGAGCACUGCACUGCAGCAAUAUUAUGUGCAUUUUCUUCAAAGGAAGUAUUCUCUUGGAUCGUUUAACUUGUUGGGCCACACUGCACCAGUACAAGCAACAAGUUUACUUCUAGUUGGUCCUUUUCUUGAUUAUUGGCUGACAAGUAAAAGAGUUGAUGCCUACAACUAUGGCUUGAUAUCCAUUUUUUUCAUCACUCUAUCUUGCACUAUCGCGGUAGGGACAAACCUCAGCCAGUUCAUCUGCAUCGGCAGGUUCUCAGCCGUAUCAUUCCAAGUCAUUGGCCACAUGAAGACUAUUUUGGUGCUGAUCUUGGGGUUCAUUUUCUUUGGAAAAGAGGGUCUCAAUGUGCAAGUAAUCAUAGGCAUGGCCAUUGCAAUACUGGGAAUGAUAUGGUACGGCAAUGCAUCUUCUAAGCCAGGAGGGAAGGAGCGUCGUAGCAUCAUUUCAAAUCCGGUAACCAAACCACAAGAAUAUAUUGUGCUACCAGUAGUAGUGUCUUCUGAAACUGAUGAUCAGGAAGUGUAGAACUUAAUGAAAAAUAAAGGGGUGGAAGUGAAACUAAUGGUGAAGUGUAUGAGAAAAUCAGGUGCCCUUUGGUCAGCUGAUUCACUAUAUAUAUGUUUAUAUCAACUGGGAAUUCCCCAAUUAUUUAUAGACAACUUGUCCAUUUGCUUU